AAUGUGGAAAAAAAAAAAAAAAGUAAAAAUCAUAAUACGGCUAUCCUAUGUAUUGUUGGUUCAUUUCUUUAGACAGGAAUAUGCAAAUUAAACAACGAGCAUACUGAAGAAUAGUGAGCAAGAAUGGCUACUUGUUCUUCUUUAUCUUUCUCCCUUUCGUCAGAAUUGCUUCCAUCUGCCUCUACACACAAACCCAAUUCCCUUUCAUGGUCUUCUUCUUUACCCCAACUCAAACUCUCCAUUCCAUGCCCUUCAAAUCUCUCUCUCCACAAGAAAUUUGUCAUUGAGGCUGCUUGGACAAGAAGAUCUCGGAGUGAAGCUGCAAAAAGGCCCAACAGGAAAUCAUGGAAACAAAGAACAGAUAUGUAUUUGAGACCUUUUUUACUAAAUGUUUUCUUUUCAAAACGAUUUAUCCAUGCAAAAGUCAUGCAUCGAGGAACCAGCAAGGUGAUCUCUGUUGCUACCACAAACGCGAGAGACUUAAGGAACUCAUUGCCAUCCCUUACUGAUAAUGAUGCUGCCAGGGUUAUAGGCAAGUUGAUUGCAGAGCGAUCAAAAGAAGCUGAUGUCUAUGCCAUUGCAUACGAACCCGGGAAGAAUGAGCGGAUAGAAGGCAGACUUGGGAUUAUUCUUGAUACUAUUCAACAAAAUGGCAUCAUAUUUGUUUAAAAUUUCACUUUGUGUAAUUCUUACUUGCAACUAGCUAUAUUAGUUUUUUCAGGAUCAGUUAUUCUCAGCUAUUGGAACAUAUACGUCUUCUUCUGUA